AUGGGUCGUCUUGUGUUUGACCCUCAGCUGACAAAGCCUGAUGCUUUGGUUCUUGAAAACCUUGCUGCUGACAUUCGCGCUGAAACGACUGAGAAGCAAGUCGAACAUCAAGGCCUGGCGAAAAGAGUUGCGAAUGGGCACACCUCCAACCAAGAAUCACCAGCAAAUGGCUCAGCCGGGCACUCUGACGAUGGCACCAUUGCCAAACUCGCCGCCCUCAACAAUCCCAAAGAUCCAAACUUUGAACCAACAGUGUUCAACGGGACAGAACUCAGUCAACUCAAACUGCCCCAAUUCCUCGAUCAAUGGGUUCUACAACCCUACAUCCGUGUUGCGCGCUCCAUCGUUCGAGUUGAGACAGACGUCGUGAUGGUCACGCACCUGCUGCUGUACUUUACCACGUCUGUCCCAAGCGCUGCCCUCCUCUUUUACAGGUUCUGGUGGAUUCACGCACUUGUUCAUUGUCUUAUGCAAAUCAGUUAUGUGGGCACGUAUACUCUCAUGAUGCAUCAGCACAUUCACAUGCGAGGCAUCCUUAGCAAAAAGUUCAUCAUCUUCGACACGUUGUUCCCCUACGUCCUUGAUCCGCUUAUGGGACACAGUUGGAAUUCCUAUUUCUACCAUCACGUCAAGCAUCAUCACGUGGAAGGAAACGGACCUAACGACCUCUCGUCCACCCUCCGGUAUCAACGUGACAACAUAUGGCACUUUCUACACUACGUCGGACGGUUCUACUUUUUCAUCUGGUUCGACUUGCCCCGGUACUUUAUCCGGACGGGAAAGCUAGGUCUUGCCUCGAGGGCUGCUUUCUGGGAGCUGAGUUACUACACAACACUUGUCCUUUUGUACCGGCUCAACCCAAGAGCUACUUUUGUGGUCCUCCUUCUCCCCUUGCUGCUGCUUCGAGCUGGCCUUAUGGUGGGAAACUUUGGUCAACACGCGUUUGUGGAUCACGAAGAGCCUGACUCUGACUAUCGGUCAAGCAUAACUCUGAUCGACGUCGCGAGCAACCGCCACUGUUUCAACGAUGGCUACCACACCUCCCAUCACCUCAACCCCCUGAGACACUGGCGUGAGCAUCCCGUGUCGUUCCUCAGGGGUAAGGAAAAGUACGCCUCUCAGCACGCCCUAGUUUUCCACAACAUUGACUACAUCAUGAUCACGGUGCGUUUGAUGAUGAAGGACUACAAGACACUUGCCGAGUGCAUGGUGCCGAUUGGUGAACAGAUAUCCAUGACUCUAGAAGAUCGGAUGGCUCUGCUUGAAUCCCAUGUGCAGCAAUUCACAGAGGAGGAGAUACGGGAAAAGUUUGGAAAGGACACGUCAGCAGCUGGCCUGUAG